AUGGCGGCGUCUGCGGCGGCACUGCGGCACCUGGCGCCGCUGGGCGCUUGCCUUGCCCGCCUCUCGCUGCAGGGCCGCGCUGCCGGGAGGCUGCUCCAGUCACGCAGGGGGAUCCGCCUUUCCGCGUCCGCCGCCGCACAGGUGACGGUGCGGGAUGCGCUGAACCAGGCGCUGGAUGAGGAGCUGGAGCGAGACGAACGCGUCUUCUUGCUGGGCGAGGAGGUCGCCCAGUACGACGGGGCCUACAAGAUCUCCAGGGGUCUCUGGAAGAAGUAUGGGGACAAGAGGGUGAUCGACACCCCGAUAUCGGAGAUGGGCUUCGCAGGAAUCGCUGUCGGUGCUGCUAUGGCAGGGUUGAGACCCGUGUGUGAAUUCAUGACAUUCAACUUCUCCAUGCAAGCAAUCGAUCAGGUUAUAAACUCAGCUGCCAAGACCUGUUACAUGUCUUCAGGAUCAAUCGCUGUGCCCAUUGUCUUCCGGGGCCCCAACGGAGCAUCAGCUGGAGUGGCCGCUCAGCACUCCCAGUGCUUUGCAGCAUGGUAUGGGCACUGCCCAGGUCUGAAAGUUGUUAGUCCUUGGAGCUCAGAAGAUGCCAAAGGUCUGCUGAAAGCAUCAAUUCGGGACGAUAAUCCAGUUGUGGUGCUGGAAAAUGAAUUGCUGUAUGGUGUUCCCUUUGAAAUGUCUGAACAGGCACAGUCAAAGGACUUUGUUGUUCCAAUUGGAAAAGCGAAGAUAGAAAAGCAAGGAACUCAUGUUACAUUAGUGGCACACUCAAGACCUGUUGGACACUGUUUGGAAGCAGCUGCUGUACUUGCCAAAGAAGGUGUAGAGUGUGAGGUUAUAAAUCUGCGAACCAUUCGACCAAUGGACAUUGAAGCAGUGGAAGCCAGCGUUGUAAAGACAAACCACCUUGUAACUGUUGAAGGAGGUUGGCCACAGUUUGGAGUAGGAGCUGAAAUCUGUGCCAGGAUCAUGGAAGGACCUGCCUUUAACUACUUGGACGCUCCAGCUGUGCGUGUUACCGGCGCAGACGUCCCUAUGCCUUACGCAAAAAUUUUAGAAGAUAACUGCAUACCUCAAGUCAAGGACAUAAUAUUUGCAGUGAAGAAAACUUUGAACAUCUAAGUUGUAAA